CACCUGACUCCAGCAACAUUACAUGAUCCUGAAUAAAUAUUUGUUGAUUGAGAGGAGACUGUGACUGUGGAGUAUUGACAUGUUUGGAUUUACCAAGAAGUCUGGACAGUAAUUUGGUUCAUAGGAAAGUUUACCGUUCAUUUCUGAUCCGUGGUGUUUGAUAAGUGGCAGAACUAUGGAGUAUCCUCUGGUGUGGGUUCUCAUCCUGGUGCUGCUCAACUUCACUAUAGAUGUCUCUGGCCAGGUGGUGGUUCCCUCGAUGAACCCCUUAGCUGUGGGCAGUAAUGUCACCCUGAACCUAGUUCCUCAAAGCCCCAUCAACAUAGGGACCUGGUCAUAUGAAACUACAAUCAUCGUACUUUUCUAUCCUGGUGGCAGUAGUGUGAGUACAAGUUAUCAAAGCAGAGUCUCAUUCAACCGUUCCUCCUCAGAGCUGUCCAUAUGCUCUCUCCAACUCAACGACUCAGGUCUAUAUACCGUGCAGGGAAUGGAGCCAGUCCUGUAUGCUGUGGUGACCUUGUCUGUCCGGGAGCCCAUUUCAAACGUGACUCUAAGGGCCAACGCCACUGAUCUAGUGGAAUUGAACGACACUGCCAUUUUCACCUGCUCUGUCUCCUCUGGCACCUCCCUCUCCUACCGCUGGCUAAAUGGCAGUUUAGAGGUCACAGCCAGUGACCGAGUUUGGUUUGGUGAUGGGAACAGCACUCUCACCAUAGUCAGUGUGACACGAUACGAUGAUGGGCCGUUCAGAUGUGAGGUCAUCAACGGAAUCAGCAACGGCACCAGCCAGCCCAUUGGCCUCAAUGUUAGAUAUGGCCCAAGUAACCUCACCAUGAUGGUAGUUCCUGAGAUGACCAUAGGACAUACAGCCUAUAAGACGGGCUCUGACAUCACUCUGUCCUGCUCCGCUCAGUCCAAACCCGCUGAGUCCUACAAGUGGGGGUUUAAUGGGACGUUCCUCAAUGAGCAAAGCCCACAGCUCAGCCUGCAGAACAUCAGGGAGAACCAGACAGGAAGUUAUGCCUGCUUAGCCCACAACAAUGUCACACUCCAUGUCGCCUCCAUGACCACAAUGAUAAAGAUCGUGGAGCCGAUAUCAGCGGUUUCGUUGAACCGUGAUGGGAAGCCACCAAUACUGGAUCAGUCGUUCACUCUGCGGUGUGAGGUGACUGGACCUGUAAACUACAUUAUAUGGCUGAUGAAUGGCCAGCUCAUCUCCCUAAAUAACAGAACAUUCUUCUCUACGAACAACAACACAAUGGUUAUCAACCCAAUCCAAUUUUCUGACAAUGGAGAAUAUCUCUGUGAGGCCUUUAAUGCUGUCAGCAACCUGACCAGCAUAGCAUACAAUCAUGUGGUGAACUUUGGACCAGAGAGGCCUGCUAUAACUAGUCCGGAUAGAGCAAUGACAGGACACAUCGUGACCUUCAAUUGCUCAGCCUCCUCUCAGCCUCCCAGCCAGUUCAGCUGGUUCUUCAAUGGCUCCCAGGUGGCGGCUGGCUCAGUGUAUGAGACUGGCCGACUGACCUUAGCCAAUCAUGGGGAAUACACCUGUGUGGCCUUCAACAACAUCACUGGCAGAAACAGCACUGUCUCCAAGAUGCUCAACAUCAUUGUCCCAGUAACCAUGGCCAUGGUGAAAGUCAUGAGUUCCCAGCUAAUAGCAGACUACAUGUUUGCGAUGACCUGUGAGACCACAGGAACCAUUUACUCCAUUCAGUGGAUGAGGAAUGGCUGGCCUCUGUAUGCUGAUAACAGAAGAGACAUCUCUAUGGACAACAAUACACUGACCUUCAACUCUGUCCAAAAUUCUGACAACGGAGACUAUCAGUGUUCUGCCUACAACCCCCUGAGCAAUAUGACCAGCCCAGAAUACAGACUCAUCGUCAACUAUGGCCCAGAGAGACCUGUUAUCAUGAGUCCGGAUAUAGCAAUGACAGGAUACAUCGUGACCUUCAACUGCUCAGCCUCCUCUCAGCCUCCCAGCCAGUUUAGCUGGUUCUUCAAUGGCUCCCAGGUGGGGGUUGGCUCAGUGUAUGAGACUGGCCCACUGACCUUAGCCAGCCAUGGAGAGUACAACUGUGUGGCCUUCAACAACAUCACUGGCAGAAACAGCACUGUCUCCAAGAUUUUCACCAUCAUUGUUCCAGUAACCACGUCCACGGUUAAAGUCAUUGGUGCCCAGCCAAUUGCAGACUACAUGUUUACUCUGACCUGUGAGACAUCUGGAACCAUUUACUCCAUUCAGUGGAUGAGGAACGGCUGGCCUCUGUAUGCUGACAACAGAACAGACUUCUCUAUGAACAACAAUACACUGACAUUCAACUCUGUCCAGCAUUCUGACAACGGAGACUAUCAGUGUUCUGCCUCCAACCCCUUCAGCAACAUGACCAGCCCAUACUACAAACUGAUCGUCAACUAUGGACCGGAGAUGCCAAUAAUAACAGGACCAGCAUUAGGAGAAACAGGACACAGCGUGACCUUCAACUGCUCAGCUUCCUCUCAGCCUCUCAGCCAGUUCAGCUGGUUCUUCAAUGGCUCCCAGGUGGCAACUGGCUCAAAGUAUGAUACUGGCCCACUGACUUUAGCCAGUCAUGGGGUGUACACCUGUGUGGCCUUCAACAACAUCACUGUCAGAAACAGCACUGUCACCAAGAUGCUCACUGUCGUUGCAACAGUGACCAUGACCAUGGUGAAAGUCAUUGGAGCCCAGCCAAUACUGAACGAGAGAUUCUCUCUGACCUGUGGCACCGCUGGAGCGGUUUACUCCAUUCAGUGGAUGAGGAACGGCUGGCCUCUGUAUGCUGACAACAGAACAGACUUCUCUAUGAACAACAAUACACUGACCUUCAACUCUGUCCAGCAUUCUGACAAAGGAGACUAUCAGUGUUCUGCCUCCAACCCCUUCAGCAACAUGACCAGCCUAUACUACAAACUGAUCGUCAACUAUGGACCGGAGAUGCCAAUAAUAACAGGACCAGCAUUAGGAGAAACAGGACACAGCGUGACCUUCAACUGCUCAGCUUCCUCUCAGCCUCUCAGCCAGUUCAGCUGGUUCUUCAAUGGCUCCCAGGUGGCAACUGGCUCAAAGUAUGAUACUGGCCCACUGACUUUAGCCAGUCAUGGGGUGUACACCUGUGUGGCCUUCAACAACAUCACUGUCAGAAACAGCACUGUCACCAAGAUGCUCACUGUCGUUGCAACAGUGACCAUGACCAUGGUGAAAGUCAUUGGAGCCCAGCCAAUACUGAACGAGAGAUUCUCUCUGACCUGUGGCACCGCUGGAACGGUUUACUCCAUUCAGUGGAUGAGGAACGGCUGGCCUCUGUAUGCUGACAACAGAACAGACUUCUCUAUGAACAACAAUACACUGACCUUCAACUCUGUCCAGCAUUCUGACAAAGGAGACUAUCAGUGUUCUGCCUCCAACCCCUUCAGCAACAUGACCAGCCUAUACUACAAACUGAUCGUCAACUAUGGACCGGAGAUGCCAAUAAUAACAGGACCAGCAUUAGGAGAAACAGGACACAGCGUGACCUUCAACUGCUCAGCUUCCUCUCAGCCUCUCAGCCAGUUCAGCUGGUUCUUCAAUGGCUCCCAGGUGGCAACUGGCUCAAAGUAUGAUACUGGCCCACUGACUUUAGCCAGUCAUGGGGUGUACACCUGUGUGGCCUUCAACAACAUCACUGUCAGAAACAGCACUGUCACCAAGAUGCUCACUGUCGUUGCAACAGUGACCAUGACCAUGGUGAAAGUCAUUGGAGCCCAGCCAAUACUGAACGAGAGAUUCUCUCUGACCUGUGGCACCGCUGGAACGGUUUACUCCAUUCAGUGGAUGAGGAACGGCUGGCCUCUGUAUGCUGACAACAGAACAGACUUCUCUAUGAACAACAAUACACUGACCUUCAACUCUGUCCAGCAUUCUGACAAAGGAGACUAUCAGUGUUCUGCCUCCAACCCCUUCAGCAACAUGACCAGCCUAUACUACAAACUGAUCGUCAACUAUGGACCGGAGAUGCCAAUAAUAACAGGACCAGCAUUAGGAGAAACAGGACACAGCGUGACCUUCAACUGCUCAGCUUCCUCUCAGCCUCUCAGCCAGUUCAGCUGGUUCUUCAAUGGCUCCCAGGUGGCAACUGGCUCAAAGUAUGAUACUGGCCCACUGACUUUUGCCAGUCAUGGGGUGUACACCUGUGUGGCCUUCAACAACAUCACUGUCAGAAACAGCACUGUCACCAAGAUGCUCACUGUCGUUGCAACAGUGACCAUGACCAUGGUGAAAGUCAUUGGAGCCCAGCCAAUACUGAACGAGAGAUUCUCUCUGACCUGUGGCACCGCUGGAACGGUUUACUCCAUUCAGUGGAUGAGGAACGGCUGGCCUCUGUAUGCUGACAACAGAACAGACUUCUCUAUGAACAACAAUACACUGACCUUCAACUCUGUCCAGCAUUCUGACAAAGGAGACUAUCAGUGUUCUGCCUCCAACCCCUUCAGCAACACGACCAGCCUAUACUACAAACUGAUCGUCAACUAUGGACCGGAGAUGCCAAUAAUAACAGGACCAGCAUUAGGAGAAACAGGACACAGCGUGACCUUCAACUGCUCAGCUUCCUCUCAGCCUCUCAGCCAGUUCAGCUGGUUCUUCAAUGGCUCCCAGGUGGCAACUGGCUCAAAGUAUGAUACUGGCCCACUGACUUUAGCCAGUCAUGGGGUGUACACCUGUGUGGCCUUCAACAACAUCACUGUCAGAAACAGCACUGUCACCAAGAUGCUCACUGUCGUUGCAACAGUGACCAUGACCAUGGUGAAAGUCAUUGGAGCCCAGCCAAUACUGAACGAGAGAUUCUCUCUGACCUGUGGCACCGCUGGAACGGUUUACUCCAUUCAGUGGAUGAGGAACGGCUGGCCUCUGUAUGCUGACAACAGAACAGACUUCUCUAUGAACAACAAUACACUGACCUUCAACUCUGUCCAGCAUUCUGACAAAGGAGACUAUCAGUGUUCUGCCUCCAACCCCUUCAGCAACACGACCAGCCUAUACUACAAACUGAUCGUCAACUAUGGACCGGAGAUGCCAAUAAUAACAGGACCAGCAUUAGGAGAAACAGGACACAGCGUGACCUUCAACUGCUCAGCUUCCUCUCAGCCUCUCAGCCAGUUCAGCUGGUUCUUCAAUGGCUCCCAGGUGGCAACUGGCUCAAAGUAUGAUACUGGCCCACUGACUUUAGCCAGUCAUGGGGUGUACACCUGUGUGGCCUUCAACAACAUCACUGUCAGAAACAGCACUGUCACCAAGAUGCUCACUGUCGUUGCAACAGUGACCAUGACCAUGGUGAAAGUCAUUGGAGCCCAGCCAAUACUGAACGAGAGAUUCUCUCUGACCUGUGGCACCGCUGGAACGGUUUACUCCAUUCAGUGGAUGAGGAACGGCUGGCCUCUGUAUGCUGACAACAGAACAGACUUCUCUAUGAACAACAAUACACUGACCUUCAACUCUGUCCAGCAUUCUGACAAAGGAGACUAUCAGUGUUCUGCCUCCAACCCCUUCAGCAACAUGACCAGCCUAUACUACAAACUGAUCGUCAACUAUGGACCGGAGAUGCCAAUAAUUACAGGACCAGCAUUAGGAGAAACAGGACACAGCGUGACCUUCAACUGCUCAGCUUCCUCUCAGCCUCUCAGCCAGUUCAGCUGGUUCUUCAAUGGCUCCCAGGUGGCAACUGGCUCAAAGUAUGAUACUGGCCCACUGACUUUAGCCAGUCAUGGGGUGUACACCUGUGUGGCCUUCAACAACAUCACUGUCAGAAACAGCACUGUCACCAAGAUGCUCACUGUCGUUGCAACAGUGACCAUGACCAUGGUGAAAGUCAUUGGAGCCCAGCCAAUCCUGAACGAGAGAUUCUCUCUGACCUGUGGCACCGCUGGAACGGUUUACUCCAUUCAGUGGAUGAGGAACGGCUGGCCUCUGUAUGCUGACAACAGAACAGACUUCUCUAUGAACAACAAUACACUGACAUUCAACUCUGUCCAGCAUUCUGACAAAGGAGACUAUCAGUGUUCUGCCUCCAACCCCUUCAGCAACAUGACCAGCCCAUACUACAAACUGAUCGUCAACUAUGGACCGGAGAUGCCAAUAAUGACAGGACCAGCAUUAGGAGAAACAGGACACAGCGUGACCUUCAACUGCUCAGCUUCCUCUCAGCCUCUCAGCCAGUUCAGCUGGUUCUUCAAUGGCUCCCAGGUGGCAACUGGCUCAAAGUAUGAUACUGGCCCACUGACUUUAGCCAGUCAUGGGGUGUACACCUGUGUGGCCUUCAACAACAUCACUGUCAGAAACAGCACUGUCACCAAGAUGCUCACUGUCGUUGCAACAGUGACCAUGACCAUGGUGAAAGUCAUUGGAGCCCAGCCAAUCCUGAACGAGAGAUUCUCUCUGACCUGUGGCACCGCUGGAACGGUUUACUCCAUUCAGUGGAUGAGGAACGGCUGGCCUCUGUAUGCUGACAACAGAACAGACUUCUCUAUGAACAACAAUACACUGACAUUCAACUCUGUCCAGCAUUCUGACAAAGGAGACUAUCAGUGUUCUGCCUCCAACCCCUUCAGCAACAUGACCAGCCCAUACUACAAACUGAUCGUCAACUAUGGACCGGAGAUGCCAAUAAUUACAGGACCAGCAUUAGGAGAAACAGGACACAGCGUGACCUUCAACUGCUCAGCUUCCUCUCAGCCUCUCAGCCAGUUCAGCUGGUUCUUCAAUGGCUCCCAGGUGGCAACUGGCUCAAAGUAUGAUACUGGCCCACUGACUUUAGCCAGUCAUGGGGUGUACACCUGUGUGGCCUUCAACAACAUCACUGUCAGAAACAGCACUGUCACCAAGAUGCUCACUGUCGUUGCAACAGUGACCAUGACCAUGGUGAAAGUCAUUGGAGCCCAGCCAAUCCUGAACGAGAGAUUCUCUCUGACCUGUGGCACCGCUGGAACGGUUUACUCCAUUCAGUGGAUGAGGAACGGCUGGCCUCUGUAUGCUGACAACAGAACAGACUUCUCUAUGAACAACAAUACACUGACAUUCAACUCUGUCCAGCAUUCUGACAAAGGAGACUAUCAGUGUUCUGCCUCCAACCCCUUCAGCAACAUGACCAGCCCAUACUACAAACUGAUCGUCAACUAUGGACCGGAGAUGCCAAUAAUUACAGGACCAGCAUUAGGAGAAACAGGACACAGCGUGACCUUCAACUGCUCAGCUUCCUCUCAGCCUCUCAGCCAGUUCAGCUGGUUCUUCAAUGGCUCCCAGGUGGCAACUGGCUCAAAGUAUGAUACUGGCCCACUGACUUUAGCCAGUCAUGGGGUGUACACCUGUGUGGCCUUCAACAACAUCACUGUCAGAAACAGCACUGUCACCAAGAUGCUCACUGUCGUUGCAACAGUGACCAUGACCAUGGUGAAAGUCAUUGGAGCCCAGCCAAUCCUGAACGAGAGAUUCUCUCUGACCUGUGGCACCGCUGGAACGGUUUACUCCAUUCAGUGGAUGAGGAACGGCUGGCCUCUGUAUGCUGACAACAGAACAGACUUCUCUAUGAACAACAAUACACUGACAUUCAACUCUGUCCAGCAUUCUGACAAAGGAGACUAUCAGUGUUCUGCCUCCAACCCCUUCAGCAACAUGACCAGCCCAUACUACAAACUGAUUGUCAACUGUGAGUAG